GGAGGAGGCGGCGGGAGGCGGAGGAGGCGGCGGCGGCGAUGGAGGUGAAGCGGCUGAAAGUGACCGAGCUGCGGUCGGAGCUGCAGCGGCGGGGCCUGGACUCGCGCGGCCUCAAGGUGGAUCUGGCGCAGCGGCUGCAGGAGGCGCUGGACGCCGAGAUGCUGGAGGACGAGGCCGGCGGCGGCGGGGCCGGGCCCGGCGGGGCCUGCAAGGCGGAGCCUCGGCCUGUGGCCGCGUCGGGCGGCGGCCCGGGCGGGGACGAGGAGGAGGACGAAGAGGAGGAGGAGGAGGACGAGGAGGCGCUGCUUGAGGACGAGGACGAAGAGCCACCCCCUGCCCAGGCCUCGGGCCAGGCCGCGCAGCCGCCGCCAGAGCCUCCGGAGGCGGCAGCCAUGGAGGCCGAGGCCGGGGCCGAGCCCGAGCCCGAGCCCGCGGCCCAGCCCGAGGCCGAGGCCCAGCCCGAAGCCGAGGCCGAGCCCGAUGCUCCCGAAAAGCCAGCGGAGGCCACGGCCGGGUCAGGUGGGGUAAACGGUGGCGAAGAGCAGGGCGCCGGCAAAGGGGAGGAAGAGGAGCCCGAGGAGCGGAGCGGGGACGAGACGCCGGGAUCCGAGGCGCCGGGUGACAAGGCCGCAGAAGAACAGGGAGAUGAACAAGAUAGUGAAAAGUCAAAACCAGCAGGCUCAGAUGGUGAGCGGCGGGGGGUAAAGAGACAGCGGGAUGAGAAGGAUGAACAUGGCCGAGCUUACUAUGAAUUCCGAGAGGAGGCUUACCACAGCCGCUCAAAGUCUCCACCACCCCCUGAAGAAGAGGCAAAAGAUGAGGAGGAGGAUCAAACUGUUGUGAACCUGGACACGUAUACCUCGGAUCUCCAUUUCCAAGUAAGCAAAGACCGCUAUGGAGGGCAGCCACUUUUCUCAGAAAAGUUCCCCACCCUUUGGUCUGGGGCAAGGAGUACCUAUGGAGUAACAAAGGGAAAAGUCUGCUUUGAGGCCAAGGUGACCCAGAAUCUCCCAAUGAAAGAAGGCUGCACAGAGGUUUCUCUCCUUCGAGUUGGGUGGUCUGUUGAUUUUUCCCGUCCACAGCUUGGUGAAGAUGAAUUUUCUUACGGUUUUGAUGGACGAGGACUCAAGGCAGAGAAUGGACAGUUUGAGGAAUUUGGCCAGACUUUUGGGGAAAAUGAUGUCAUUGGCUGCUUUGCUAACUUUGAGACUGAGGAAAUAGAACUUUCCUUCUCCAAGAAUGGAGAAGACCUUGGUGUGGCAUUCCGGAUCAGCAAGGAGUCCCUGGCAGACCGGGCCCUUCUACCCCAUGUCCUCUGCAAAAAUUGUGUUGUAGAAUUAAAUUUUGGUCAGAAGGAGGAGCCUUUCUUCCCACCACCAGCAGAGUUUGUGUUCAUCCACGCUGUGCCUGUUGAGGAGCGUGUACGCACUGCAGUCCCUCCCAAGACCAUAGAGGAGUGUGAGGUGAUUCUGAUGGUGGGACUUCCUGGCUCUGGAAAGACCCAAUGGGCACUGAAAUACGCAAAAGAAAAUCCUGAGAAAAGAUACAAUGUCCUGGGAGCUGAGACUGUGCUCAAUCAGAUGAGGAUGAAGGGGCCCGAGGAGCCAGAAAUGGACCCCAAAAGCCGAGAUCUUUUAGUUCAGCAAGCUUCCCAGUGCCUUAGUAAGCUGGUCCAGAUUGCUUCCCGGACAAAGAGGAACUUCAUUCUUGAUCAGUGUAAUGUGUACAACUCUGGCCAACGGCGGAAACUAUUGCUGUUCAAGACCUUCUCACGGAAAGUGGUGGUGGUUGUCCCUAAUGAGGAAGAUUGGAAGAAGAGGCUGGAGUUGAGAAAGGAGGUGGAAGGAGAUGAUGUGCCUGAGUCUAUAAUGCUGGAGAUGAAAGCCAACUUCUCUCUGCCUGAAAAAUGCGACUAUAUGGAUGAGGUGACAUACGGGGAGCUGGAGAAGGAAGAAGCUCAGCCCAUUGUCACUAAGUACAAGGAGGAGGCGAGGAAGCUGCUGCCCCCCUCUGAGAAGCGGACGAACCGCAGAAACAACCGAAACAAGCGUAACCGGCAGAACCGAAGCCGAGGCCAAGGCUAUGUGGGCGGGCAGCGCCGAGGCUACGACAACCGGGCCUACGGGCAGCAGUACUGGGGGCAGUCUGGAAACAGAGGGGGUUACCGUAAUUUCUAUGAUCGAUACAGGGGAGACUAUGAUCGAUUCUACGGGCGAGAUUAUGAGUACAACAGAUACAGAGACUAUUACAGACAAUACAAUCGAGAUUGGCAGAAUUACUACUACCACCACCCCCAGGACAGAGACCGAUACUACAGGAACUACUACGGUUACCAAGGGUAUCGGUGAAGCCCCUGCCGUUGACGCCUGUCAGCCACAACGCUGAAUCUCUGGGGGUGCCAGGCACCCCCCAAAACACAACCAAGGAAAACAGGGGCUGUCGGGGUGGGGCUGAGCUGCCAGGGCG